AUGUCUGGGAGGGAUGUACAUUCUGAGGACAGUCACUACAGAGCAACUGGUGCUGGCAAAUCUGUGACAAUCCAGCUGUUUGGGGACAAACUCUUCCCCAUCGCCAUCGACCCAGCGAUUGUCAAUGGAGUUUAUUGGUCUGAAUCCCUAAACAAAGUUUUUGUGGAUAACUUUGACCGGGACCCGUCUCUCAUAUGGCAGUACUUUGGAAGUGCAAAGGGCUUUUUCAGGCAGUAUCCAGGGAUUAAAUGGGAACCAGAUGAGAAUGGAGUCAUUGCCUUUGACUGCAGGAACCGAAAAUGGUACAUCCAGGCAGCGACUUCUCCGAAGGACGUGGUCAUUUUAGUUGACGUCAGUGGCAGCAUGAAAGGCCUCCGUCUGACCAUCGCCAAGCAGACGGUCUCCUCUAUUCUGGACACGUUGGGGGAUGAUGACUUCUUCAACAUCAUUGCUUACAACGAGGAGCUUCACUACGUGGAGCCGUGCCUGAACGGGACGCUGGUGCAGGCCGACAGGACGAACAAGGAGCACUUCAGGGAGCACCUGGACAAACUUUUUGCCAAAGGAAUCGGCAUGCUGGACAUAGCUCUGAACGAGGCCUUCAACAUCCUCAGCGACUUCAACCACACGGGACAAGGAAGCAUCUGCAGCCAGGCCAUCAUGCUCAUCACAGACGGGGCAGUGGACACCUAUGAUACAAUCUUUGCGAAAUACAAUUGGCCAGAUCGGAAGGUUCGCAUCUUCACGUACCUCAUUGGACGGGAGGCGGCUUUUGCAGACAAUCUCAAGUGGAUGGCCUGUGCCAACAAAGGAUUUUUCACCCAGAUCUCCACGUUGGCGGACGUGCAGGAAAAUGUCAUGGAGUACCUCCACGUGCUGAGCCGGCCCAAGGUGAUCGACCAGGAGCACGACGUGGUGUGGACCGAAGCUUACAUCGACAGCACCCUUGCUGAUGAUCAGGGCCUUGUCCUCAUGACCACAGUCGCCAUGCCCGUGUUUAGUAAGCAGAACGAAACCAGGUCGAAAGGCAUUCUGCUAGGCGUGGUUGGCACAGAUGUCCCAGUGAAAGAACUUCUGAAGACCAUCCCCAAAUACAAGUUGGGGAUUCACGGCUAUGCCUUUGCAAUCACAAAUAAUGGAUAUAUCCUGACGCACCCAGAACUCAGGCCACUGUACGAAGAAGGAAAAAAGCGAAGGAAACCCAACUACAGUAGCGUUGACCUCUCCGAGGUCGAGUGGGAAGACAGAGAUGACGUGUUACGAAACGCCAUGGUGAACCGAAAGACAGGGAAGUUUUCCAUGGAGGUGAAGAAGACAGUGGACAAAGGGAAACGGGUUUUGGUGAUGACAAAUGACUACUAUUAUACAGACAUCAAGGGUACUCCUUUCAGUUUAGGUGUGGCGCUCUCCAGAGGCCAUGGGAAGUAUUUCUUCCGAGGGAAUGUCACCAUCGAAGAAGGCCUGCAUGACUUAGAACACCCCGACGUGUCCUUGGCAGACGAAUGGUCCUACUGCAACACGGACCUGCACCCAGAGCACCGUCACCUGUCUCAAUUAGAAGCUAUUAAGCUCUACCUCAAAGGCAAAGAACCUCUUCUGCAAUGUGAUAAAGAACUGAUACAGGAGGUCCUUUUUGAUGCCGUGGUGAGUGCUCCCAUUGAAGCCUAUUGGACCAGCCUUGCCCUCAACAAAUCUGAGAAUUCGGACAAGGGCGUGGAGGUGGCCUUCCUUGGCACUCGCACGGGCCUCUCAAGGAUCAACCUGUUCGUUGGUGCUGAGCAGCUCACCAAUCAGGACUUCCUGAAAGCUGGCGACAAGGAGAACAUUUUCAAUGCAGACCAUUUCCCUCUCUGGUACCGAAGAGCCGCCGAGCAGAUCCCGGGGAGCUUCGUCUACUCCAUCCCCUUCAGCACAGGAACAGUCAACAAAAGCAAUGUGGUGACAGCAAGUACCUCCAUCCAGCUCCUGGAUGAAAGGAAGUCUCCCGUGGUGGCAGCUGUAGGCAUUCAGAUGAAACUCGAAUUUUUCCAAAGGAAGUUCUGGACUGCCAGCAGACAGUGCGCCUCUCUGGAUGGCAAAUGCUCCAUCAGCUGCGAUGACGAGACUGUGAACUGUUACCUCAUAGACAAUAACGGAUUUAUUCUGGUGUCUGAAGACUACACACAGACUGGAGACUUUUUUGGUGAGGUCGAGGGAGCUGUGAUGAACAAAUUGUUAACAAUGGGCUCCUUUAAAAGAAUUACCCUUUACGACUAUCAGGCCAUGUGCAGGGCCAACAAGGAGAGCAGCGACGCCGCCCACGGCCUCCUAGAUCCUUAUAAAGCCUUCCUUGCUGCAGUAAAAUGGAUCAUGACAGAACUUGUCUUGUUCCUGGUGGAAUUUAACCUCUGCAGUUGGUGGCACUCAGAUAUGACAGCUAAAGCCCAGAAAUUGAAACAGACCCUGGAGCCUUGUGAUACUGAAUAUCCAGCAUUUGUCUCUGAGCGCACCAUCAAGGAAACCUCAGGGAACAUUGCUUGUGAAGACUGCUCCAAGUCCUUUGUCAUCCAGCAGAUCCCCAGCAGCAACCUGUUCAUGGUGGUGGUGGACAGCAGCUGCCUCUGUGAGUCCGUGGCCCCCAUCACCAUGGCGCCCAUCGAAAUCAGGUAUAACGAAUCUCUUAAGUGUGAACGUUUAAAGGCCCAGAAGAUCAGAAGGCGCCCGGAGUCUUGCCAUGGCUUCCAUCCCGAGGAGAACGCCAGGGAGUGCGGGGGUGCGCCCAGCCUCCAGGCCAAGGUGGGCCUCGCCCUCUUCCCCAUGCUCCCGAUGCUCUUCUUCAGGUGACACCGACCGACACGUUCUCUUGGCAUGCUCAAUUAUGGAUAAACUGUGAACCGAAACAUGGUGCGACAUAGGAGACAUGGA